AACUAACCCACCGGGGCAGGUUAGCGUCUGCGGAAGUUCACCGUGAAGGAAGCGGCUCCGGAGACUCGUUAAAUAUAAAUUCAUUAAAAACCACGUUGUCCAUAAGAGGGAACUCAACUCGGCUCCUUCCGAGCUAGCCGGCUAGCUGGAGCAGACACACACACACAUACACACGCAUAAACGCAAAAAAGGAGCUAACAAGCAGCUAAUCACAACUAAACGAUGCGGACGUGACCCAACAACAACAACAUACUGCUGCCACGUUUGUUCAGGAGGAGACCCUGUCCAGACGAGCCAGAGAUGAAAGGAAAGUCCAUCAUUUCUGAGCUGCACUUGAAGUUUGCAGAAAAGUCCUGGAAUGACACUUUCCAGCUGGUGCGAAGAUGCAUGGAGAAAUCCAGAGAUGAAUCCAAACCCUGUGAGCCGCUGGUUAGAACUCUGGAACGGCUCCAGGACGAGUUUAACGUGUCAUCUAUGAAUACCAUGAGGCAUCGUCUGGAAAUAAUAGCCAAACAACAAGGAAUGGGCUUCCACAUCACUGACGCCACGUGCUACCUCACAGCAGACUUAUUCUACCUGGAGGUGGUGUUGGUGGCGUGUGGGGGAGUGGAGGAGGUAAAGGUGGCCCCUCAGGGAGCAGCCCCCGUUUCCAGCGAGUCUCUUCUGCAGCUGCUGAGGUUAAAGAACUUUGCUGAGUUCUCCAUGAAGUUAUCAGGCCUCUUUACCCAGUACAACAUCCCAGGAGACAAUAUUUAUGUUUCCUCUAGUGAAACCAAAUUAAAACUGUUUGCAUCUCUACAACACCUCUCGAAAGACUUGCAGCAAUUAUCACAUCUGCCAAGGGCACAUAAAGACUGUGACCCUCAGAUGGACAUGAUUAACAAUGGCAGGAUUGGGUGUCUAAUAGCUGGAAAAGAAGAUUGCCCCCUGACCAUCCAGUUCUUCAUGACCCCGACUGAUUGGAAGAAAACAGAUUCACCUAAGAUGCCAAACAAAGCAGACUUGGAAAUAACAGAUCCAAAGGCAACUGUCCAGGCCGCCCAGGUGACCGUGGGCGUCAGCGACUUCCCUCACAAGCUUCAGAUGGCGUGUGUGAUCCCGCAGCCUCCACAGCUGGAUCCGCAGGGUUUCCCCGUGUUCCUGCCGCUGGAUGAGGCGCCGCACGAGACGCUGCCUGCCUGCUUUCUCCUCAAACUGCAGCCGCCAUUACCAGUGCUGACAUCUUUUGUGAAGAAGCUGAGCCAAAUUACAGAUGUGACUGUAGCAGAUGUUGACCUGCAGUGGGCACCAUUACCCAAGCAUCUGAUGAGAGGUUCAGCGAGUGCAAACCAGAAUGAGGAGACAUUAGAUGAGCAGGAUACUAUUUUUACUGUGCCUCUUCCUGGUGGUGUGACGCACAGUUAUAUCGUCCCUGGAGCUGCGUGGCAGGCGCCCGCACAGAGAGCGGCAGUGAUGGACAGUGUUCCCUUCACCCACCCCGCCCACGUCCCGGCUACCCUGGAGCUGCUGCGCCAUCAGUGUGUCAUUAACGCCCUGCUGAGGAGCUGUGUCACGUCCCAGAGGGCCCUUCCAGGUUCGGUUUGUGACCUGCGCUUCGAAGUCCUUCCAGAGUCUGACACCAGCUUUUCUGUGACCUUCCACCCGCCCCACACUGACUCCCUGGCUGUUUUGUUAGUGAACAUAUCAGACGCUCAUCAGAUCAGCUGCAGGUUGUUUGGAGCAGGAACAUGUGACCCAACCUUGGAUGAAGACAUCUCCACUGUAAUGAAGAGGUGCAUGUCCAUCCCUGUGACCCUGAGCACAUUAUACACUAAGCUCCGGGAACUCCCCUCUGCCUCGCUUUCCUCCGACCGCCCGGCCACCACAGAGGCUGCAAAUGACCACUCAUCUCCCUCGAGUGCCGCUGUGACGGACGCUAACGGCACCGUGACAGAGUCCCAGGGUGCAGCUGUGGCAAAGGACAGCUCCAGUCUUUCUGGCUCCGCCUGCUACCCCAUGUCUGUCGCCAACGCUGAGCUUCUCCCUGAAAUAAAUACCAGUCCUGCUGUCCCUUACACGUUCAGUGCUGCUGAUGUGUUUUCACAGUGGAUGAGCAGCAAUGAUCAACUGUCGGAGCUCAGCUGAAAUGUUAGUGACGCCCACAGUGUUUAAUGAUGUGUGAUUAUACAUAUUUUUAGCUUUGAGUGAAUGUGUUUGUUAAGCAGCUUUAAUUGGGCACAAAAACAACCCCUAAAACAAGUCUCAGUAAUUUGGCUGUUUGCAGUUUGAACUUUUUCGGGUAUGAGCUCCUGAAUCUCCUGCAAAGCACUGAAGUGUUUCUUACUAUGCAUUCCAGUGUGGCAGAGAUUGCUGCCUGUAAAGGUUUGAGGUUUGGCAUUUGACCUCUCCCAGACAGCCAAGAUCCCAGUUGACUGGGAUCCCUGAGAGCCAGUCAGACAUUGUGGAAAAUAAAGCACAUAAUACGCUCUUGAUGGUAGAAAUCAACGCUCUACUUAACAAAAUAAGAAGCAGAGGAAAAAUCUGGAAUUGCAUUAUAGCUCUGAAGCAUUUAAAUAAAG